GUCGAAAUGAGCUGGCAACCCCGAGGUUCAAAUAUCAUAAUAUUCAACGCUCUCGCAGUACUGCCUGAGCAAUCGUUCGGUCAACAUCCAUAAGGAUAUUGAUUUCGUCAUUGAAAGCGUUGCCAGUUGUUUUGUUCCCGAAAGAUCGCCGGCGUUUUAUCUGUUUGUUUGUUUUUUGGUAUUAAUUUGAAAUUAUUUGUGACUAUUUAUUUAAGAUAUUACUACGUGUGUGUGUGUGUGUUUAUAUUGAUAAUAUUGAUAUGGCACCUAAAAAACUUGGACGGGGUCGUGUUUUACACAGCCAAAGCUGUGAAAUUGUGAACAAUAUUAUUAAGUUCAUGAAAAAAGAGGCUGAAGAAGGGAUUAGCAUUCCUUUGACAAAUUACAGGGAUAGAGUAUUGGCUGCUACUGGGGUAUCAAAGAAUACCUACCAGAGAAUUUGCAAAGAAUCUAAGAAAAAGGAUUUACAAGGACCAAGUACCUCUUUUCAAAGCCCCAAAAAAAGGAAAAAUAUGAAGAAAUGGAAAUUGGAUUCUUUCACACCUCACCAGAUUAAAAACAAAAGAUCCUCGAUCGAGGUGUAUUAUCAGAAGACGUCGCUGAAUUAA